UAUAAUAAAAUAAUUGAACUUAAUGCAGUUUUUGUGUUCAAACGUAAAGUAUUUAUCUACUUAAUAAAGUAUGUCUGCUAAAGUCACAACAGAAAACGACAUAAAAUCAUGGCUCGAAGUUAUUUUGAAAAGCGAAAAUCUCGACAACCUAUCACUUAAAGUCGAAGGAAAUACAGAAGCCGGCACCGGAUACGUCGGAGAUAUAUUUUUUGUGGAAGCAAAUGGAACAACAAAAGACAAAAUUGACAAAAAAUACAACCUAGUUAUCAAAUGUGGUAAACGAAGUAAAGCCUUCAGAAGCAAAUUUCCAGUAAACUGUGCCUUCCGGAACGAAAUUCUUUUCUAUGAGACAAUUUUUCCAUAUUUUCUGCAAUUUCAAAAAGACCGGGGUGUGAAAGAUCCGUUUGAUAAAGUACCAAAAUGCUACGGAACUUUUGUUGGCGCUGAUUUAGAAGUCAUCGUUUUUGAAAAUUUGAAAGAUAAAGGAUAUACACUGUGGGAUAAGAAAAAGCCUUUGACGAGGCGACACGUAGAGAUGAUCAUUCAAGAGUAUGGUAAAUUUCAUGCCAUUUCUAUUGCUCUGAAACACCAGAAUCCUGAAAAGUUUCAGCAACUUGUGGAGAAGUGUGAUGAUUUUAUGGCAAAGUUGUAUGAAUACACAGACACAAUAACUACACAAGAAGAUUUGGUGGAUGAAUUAUAUGAACUUUUGCAGGAUGAACUCGACGAAAAUAUUCUUCUAAAAUGGAAAGAAUUGAAACCCAAAGUGCGACCUUUUUUGAAAAGUCUUGAAAAAAGCGAAGGUGUCGUAAUACAUGGUGACUGUUGGAUAAACAAUUUUAUGCAUUUACAUGUUAACGAUGAACCACAAACUUUCGCAAUAUUAGACUGGCAACUGAUAAAAGUUGCUUCGCCAGUCAUAGAUGUGUCGUAUUUUCUUUUUGCGUGUUUGUCAGAAGAAGACGUCGAUGAUAUCGACGUUAUAUUAAAAGUGUAUUAUUCAAGUUUAGCUAGUCACUUACAGAAACUGGGAAGUGAUACGAAUGAGUUGUAUCCAUUUGAACAGUUUUUAACAGAGUGGAAGGAAUAUAGUAAAUUUGGUGUUUGUUUUACUAAUUUAAUACAUAAAUUUGCGUUAACUGACGGUGCAGAAGUUCCUGAUUUUGUUCAAGCGGCUGAAGAUGGGUACGACAUUACGAAGUCUAUGGCAGUUAAAAUUAAAGACGCAGAGGGUUUUAAGAAAAGGAUGCGUUAUCUUGUAAAAUGUGCUGUAGAACACGAUUUAGUUUAGUGGUUUUACCCACCUAAAAUAAUAAAUUAAAAAAAUAUGUGUACAAU